AUGAUCAUUCGUUUCAGUCAACGGAAGCAGAUUCUUGUGUACGUAACUAUUUCUUUUAUUGUGCUCGUUUUGUUCUAUUCACUGAGCCUCACAACCGAGGAGAAUUGCCAGAGAAUUGGGUGGAAUUUAAGCACAACUGCCCUCAGGACAGCAGAUUUUGGCUCAGAGUUCAGAAUAUCGUUUGCGGAUGUUCAAAAAUUUCAAAAAUGGAUUUACCUACCUGAAAUCAAAUCUUCUUGGGCUCCAAGACCUGAAAUCCUAAUGCUAAUUGUGACAAGAACAGAUAGUUUUUCACGACAAUGGAAGAAUGAAAGCUUAAUUUUUUGUUGGUAUGGCAGCAGGAAACAAAACAUUGAAGAAGCUUGUGAUGGAAGAAGCAGAGUCCAAUGGUGAUAUGGUUUUGGCGGAUUUGCAGGACACUUAUGAUAACUUACCGUUUAAGGUAUGUUCCCGAAACUGCAUAUAACUGCUCCAAAUACCCUGUCUACGUGAUGGGCCCAUUUUACCUAACAACCAGGGAUGCUGCAAAACUGAUACUUGCUCAUUCAAGAUUUCAAAACUUUAUAACGGUGGAAGACGCACUUAUAACAGGAAUUCUUGCCAGUGAUCUUGGGAUUGUGAGAAAAAGUCUUCCAAUGGUUUUUAGGUUUCAGUAUAAUAAUCCAAACGGGAAGGACGUUCUUGCAUGGCAUAUGGCUGAUAAAAGCGAUAACGAGUACUUAAAUUUCUUUAAUAAUAAUAAUAAUAAAGCUAAACUUUUAUAA